UCAAGGUCAAGUUGAUACACAAUUAAAAUCACGUUCGUUAUUAUGAGAUAACAUCUGAGAUAUCAGGCAUAAUGAGAUUUUGCAAGAAGAUUUAUUUUACCUUCUAUUUAUGUGUUUUGAGUUCAAUGUUCUAUCCAAUUGAAAAAUGCCCUAUUAUCAACAAAAUGUAGCAAUUAAAAUAGAUAUACUGAUAUCACAACGCUAGUACUCUUCACUAGCUGCUCGAAAAUGUGAGUUAAGGAAGUGAAUGGAAACAAUAAUGUGUGAUAUAAAAUAGGCACAUACUCAAAGUGGCGCAAUGAUGGUGCUAUUAAAAAAAAAUGAUAAAAAUAUUUAAACAUUUAAACGGAAAGUAAACGAUUCCGGAAUACUAAUUUCUAUUCGUUGGUGGCACAAAAGCCGAAUAAAUUACAUUAAUACGUUCAGUUUCAAGAUUGACUGAGCACGUUACAGACAUUUACGAAAAUAUCACUCGUCAACCGAAAUCGUUCAGUUUUACUUUCUCGAUCUUUUUGUUCGAACAACGAUUUUUGACAUUUUCAGCAAUGGAUCAAUAUUUUGUGUAUAUUCUGUUAAUUUGCCUGUGGAAUUUAUCAAGUGCAUAUUAUAUUAAACGACAUUUACCAACACCUCCCGUAGCAAAAUAUAGAUUCAACACAUUAUUUGUGCAGCAAGAUGAAUUGGAUCAAAUUGAUAUAGAGGCGUGGACACCUGAAGAUGGUACGAAUGUGUGGGAGCAUUCUGGCCUAUUCGAAGGGGAUAUAAUGCUUUAUACAAAGCAACCCAUCAAGAAUGGCAUUAUUGAUGAAGCUUAUCGAUGGCCAGAUGCCACCAUUCCUUAUUACAUUGACGACGCUUUCACCGACGAAGAAGUAGUCUCUAUUUUAAAUGCGAUGCAAGAAUAUCAUGACAAAACCUGUGUUCGCUUUCGCCCGUUUGUAAAAACCGACGAAUAUUGGAUAGAUAUAAAGCAAGAUUGGUCUGGGUGUUGGUCAAGUGUUGGAAUGAAGAGGCAGGGCCAAAUUGUGAAUUUGGGUUCCGAAAAGUGUCGUCAACAUGGGGUUAUAAUUCACGAGCUAAUGCAUGCAGCUGGUUUUCAUCAUCAGCAGAGCGCAUCCGACAGAGACGACUACAUAAUCAUUCAUUGGGAUAACAUAAAAAGCGGUCGAGAACACAAUUUCAACAAAUAUGAUGAUGCAGUUGUGUCUAACUUUGACGUAACAUAUGACUACAAUAGUGUAAUGCACUAUAGUGCGAAAGCCUUUUCAAAAAAUGGGAAUAUAACCAUUGAACCAAUUUAUGAAUAUACGGUUUUGGGGCAAAGAAUAGGAUUGAGUGAAGGCGAUAUUCAGAAGAUCAACACUAUGUACAAUUCCAGUUGCAAUAAUAAUGCGCUCAGUACUAUAGAAUUGCAUUUACAAAUGCAGCAGCAGCAACAACAAGAAGUGACCCCUACUCCAGUUGGGCAACAUUUUUUAGAAACGGUCAUCAAAUGGUUCGAAAGCAUUUUUGGCCUUAGUUUAUGGAGCAAAAGGCACAUUUAAUUAUUUUCAUGUGUAUCAAAAAUAUUUAUUUAUUUCUAAUGUGUUAAUGUAUUUGAAAUGAAAUUAAUAUAACAUCACUCAUGACAUGGCUUGGAUAUUGAAUAUUAUAUGAAAUUCAUAUGCUAUAAAACGAUAGA